AUGCUUAGACGGGGAAAGAUGGUUCUUUUGGUGGUCAAUCCUUCGCAUGAAGACGAACGCUCGACCCAAGAUGCAAGGACCAGGCGUCAGCCAUCUCCUAUACCUCGAACAUCUCAUUCUCCUAUUCCAGCGCGCACAGUAAACCUUCCUCCGGAGCUCAUACGACUAGUUGUCCUACAAGUCACUCGAACUCCGGACCUUGCGAGCUUUGCACUGACAUCGAGAUACCUCAAUAAUAUUGCAAUGCCCCUCCUCUAUUCCACUCUUUGCUUUGGCCCCACUGCCUACCGACUAUACAAGCUACCGAGACGUAACCGAGGCUCAAGCGGCCAUGGCUACGUGUCUAUCUCAGCCGAGUCUCCCAUGUCAAGGGACGAGGUGGGAUCCGAAGACGAUUUUUUCGACAAUCGCUCCUCUCUGUGCGCCGAACUGCUAUCCAACUCCCUGCACCUCCUUCCAUACGUUCGUAGCAUCUCCACCAACAUUUCUGUCCCAAACUACGCGGCCGCGGUUAGAGUCGCUCGAGGACAGAGGGGAGGCAGAGAAGAAAAUACGUUCCACGAAUGGGUCACCAUACUCAAUUUGCCGCAGGCGUCUAAUGUCAGGCAUUUAGCCCUGGGUGGUGUAAACGAUCAGCAUUUACUUGAUUUGAACGCUGCCAGGCAUCUUAAGCUCACUGCACUUGAAUUGGACGUUCCUCCCGCCGCUCUUCCCGAGCUUUUCAAUCUUUCCUCUUUCCUUCAACGACAACGGCACAUUACCCAUUUUGCUAGUCGAAACUUGGCUGAUAUCAAAGGGCUGAAAGACCACGACCUCCCUCGUCUAGCUCACAUAGAUGUUCCAGCUGUUUUAGCUUGCCAGCUUGCGCCUGGUCGUCCGAUUACCACAGCCCGUAUUUUCCCUUCAAAUCCGCGGCGGGGGUCCGGGCUGCGGUCGGCCGAUGAGCUCCUUAUGGCCAUACAUGCGUUAUCCCAGUCGACAGAUUCAAUUGGAGUAACUGAUCUUGAUGUUUCUGUCCUCUGGUACGGCGACCGUAGGAUGGAAGACGAUUGCCGCGUUUUCUUUGCGGCAAUUCGCGAUUCUUUACAACAGCUACGACAUCUACGAGUUACGCUAUGGUCCGACCUGGCUCCCAGUAAUGUCGACUUACUAUUUGAUUGCAUUUUAUCGGCCCUACCAUCACUCCAGUUCCUUGAGACUUUUGAAAUACGGACAUGGGCUGAAUACGGUAUAAGCCAUCCCUGCCAUCUCUCUCACCCAGCUCGUCGAGCGAUAUUUGAUUUGUGGAAGGAAUUGUGUCCGUCUUUGAAUAAGGUCGCAGCGCUCGACAGUCAUACUUGGACCUGGCACGCUGCCAAGGCGAUAACUCAACCCCCAGCCCCUGUCCGUUCCAAUUCUGACCCACACACCAAGCCACCCGCCAGGCGCCCUUUGCCACCCCGUCCACGUCCGGCCUCGGGCAAUUGGGUGCGGCUUAGUGAUCGUUGGGAUUGGCAACCUACUCCUUCACCACUUUCCCAGCCUAUGCUGCCUUCAGGCAUCCCUUCCGCCUCUCAAACAUCCUUUCAUGGCCUAAUGACACCUCGCCCUGAUUCACGCCCUAGAAGUGCCUCUCCUGGCGGCACUCACGACUCGCGGGCUGAAGGUACUUGGGUCCAAGAAUCAAGAAAACAACCUUGUCACGACUCAAAGAUGUGGCAUUCGGACCUGCCUGUCCUAGGAUCAACAUAUCAAAGAAAUGAGCUGGACGAACAUUACGUUCGGAUUGCGCAUACUCCACACAUCGAAUUCGCGACUCGGGACAGACAUAGACUUUCAAUAUUUUGA